GACCACCAAAAGUUCUCAUUCAACCCAGCAGAACGGUGUAUGCAGUUGUUGGACAGAGAGUUUCUUUAGAAUGUGUCGCUCAGGGAGUCCCAACGCCGAGCGUUUACUGGCGAUAUGAGUCGACUCCCAGCAGAGGAGAUUUGCCCGCCUCACUGGACGCUGAUCUCGGCCCAGGCUCAGCCACACUCACCAUAGAAUCCAUCUCUAAUGGCGACAGUGGCAACUAUGUGUGUGUCGCCACAAACGAUGCAGGAUCUGUGGAGGAAACUGCCCAGAUUAUUGUGCGCGAGGAAAACCCUAACGUGCCUGGAGUUACUAUUACUGGUCCCGAGAGAUUGGCUGCCACAGAAGGACAGUCAGUGACUCUGAGAUGUGAAACACAAGGACUUACUAAUGCUGUUGUCCAGUGGAGGAGGAGGGAGGGUCCUUUGCCCCCCAAUCACAGCAUUCAGGGAGGAACCCUAUACAUUCCUCGCUUCCAGAGAGAGUAUGCCGGGGAAUACAUCUGCACUGCCACCACGCCAGUCAGAAAUUACGAGACCUCCGUUUUCAUCAUUGUAACAGUGACCCCCAAGUUGAGCAUUUCACCAGCUGAAGUAGAGGCCAGGGCAGGGCAGACAGUACAGCUCCGAUGUCAACCCCAGGGUCAGGGACCAUUUAACAUUGAAUGGAUCAAGCUGGGAGGGGCACUGUCCCCCUCGGCCACCCAGACUGUGGACGGAAUCCUAGAGAUCCGGGCAGUGACGGCGGCGGACGCUGGACGGUACCGCUGUGUGGCGACCAAUUCUGCAGGAUCCUCAGAUGGCAUUGCUGUUGUUGUAGUGCAAGUGCCCCCCACAAUAGUUGUUGCUAACAGAGACAGGACUGUACGUGAGGGUGAGACUGUCAUACUUCAGUGUCAGAUUACCGGGACCCCACAGCCACAGGUCACCUGGGAGAAGCAGGGCGGGGCUCUCCCCUCCAACUCUGACAUCAGGAACGAUAUACUGACUAUAUACAAUGUGAGGAGUGAGGAUCAGGGCCGCUACAUCUGUAAUGCCAGGAGUACCGCUGGGUCUGCCAGGGACUACAUCAUGGUUACUGUCCAAUCAGUUAAUGGUGGUGGUUCUAUAAAGUAUGACACACAAUAUGUUGACGUGGGAGAAAGGGUAGAAAUGGAAUGUGUCACAACAGGCUCCCCUCUGCCUACGGUCAGAUGGUCUAAAUUGGAGGGUCCUAUUUCCCCCUAUGCCAGUGUUAACGAUGCCUUCCUGGUCAUGCAGUCUGUCAGGCUGGAAGAUGCCGGAACCUAUGUUUGUACUGUAGAGAAUAUCGUAGGAAAGGUUGAGACAAGAGUCACCCUGUUUGUAAGAGGUGAGCCCAUCAUAACUGGGGCCAGUGAGUCCCUGACAGCAGCCCUGGGGUCCAGCACCUCCAUGUCCUGUGAAGCUGUGGGGUACCCCCAACCAGAGAUCAGCUGGUACAAACGGGGAGGAAACAUGCCAAGAGAUUACACGGUAGAUAAUGGAAAACUGGAGAUUCCUCGACUUUACCAAGGAGACCAGGGCACUUAUGUCUGUCAAGCCCAGAAUGACUUCGGUCAAAAUGAAAAAGAUUAUAACCUUACCGUCGGGGAUCUGGUUCCAUACUUUGAUCAAGAGCCAGUAUCUUACAUCAGCUAUCCACCCAUUGAAGAUCACCACAUCAACUUUGAGAUUUUACUCUCAAUGAGACCGGAAACUACAGAUGGGUUGGUAUUGUACAAUGGACAAUAUGAUAAUGCCCGAGGAGACUAUGUCUGUCUUGGAAUGAGAGGAGGUUACCCAGAAUUCACUUUUGAUGUUGGUUCUGGACCGGCUCUGAUACAGGGCAACCGGACUCUUCCUCUGAACCAAUGGAAUACCAUCAAACUCAAGAGAGAAAAUUCUGUUGGAAGUAUGGAGGUGAAUGAUGAGCCAGUGUACACCGGAUCUUCCCUGGGACAGUUCAGCGGUCUGGAUCUGGGUCAGAACAUGUAUCUGGGUAAUGUACCAGAUCCCAACAAGGUACCAGAGCCAGCCAGACACUCAUCUGGAUUUGUUGGUGCUGUGAGUCAGGUGAUCAUUAAUGGUAAGGACCUGAACCUGGGAGCUGAUGCCAUCGAGCUGAAGGGGAUAGAACCGUACAACGCUUGUAAAGACCGACCAUGUCUGAACCGAGGAAGAUGUCUGCCGGCCAAUUCCAAGUACGGCUACAAGUGUGACUGUCCAGCUGGGUUCACAGGAAGUAAAUGUGAAAUCACAGGAAGUGGCUGCUAUCCAGGAAUCUGUGGACCAGGAGGAAGAUGUCGGGAUGUAGCUGGGGGCCACCAGUGUAUCUGUCCAAUGGGAAGGAUUGGUUCAGGCUGCUCACAGACUGUGCAGGUCCUUUACCCACAGUUCAAUGGGUCUUCCUUUUCAUCGUACGAUCCAAUCAGAAAUGCCCGCUUCCAGAUGAAGAUUGAAAUGGAGAUCAAACCCCAGUCUCUUGAUAAUGGACUGGUGUUGUACAGUGGACAGAACGAGGAUGGAUCUGGGGACUACGUGGUCAUCCUGAUCAAAGAUGGCUACCUGGAGUUUAGAUACAACACUGGAUCUGGUCCAGCAGUGAUGAAGAGCAAAAAGAAACUGGUGUCUGGUGACUGGGUCAAAAUCACCGCAACAAAGUCCGGACAGGAGGGCAGCCUUGUCAUUAACAAUGGGGAACCAGUCAAAGUUUGGCCCUGGAGUUACACCAACAAUUUGCGCAACAACUACUACAACUAUUAUUUGCGUAGACGAUAUCGAUACAGGCGAGAUGCCUCUCCGGGGACCUACAUUGGUCUGGAUCUGAGAACCAGGUUAUACUUGGGAGGAGUGGAUCCAGACAAGAAAGUUCCAGAUGAUGUGGAGGUUCAGAAUGGAUUCUAUGGAUGUAUAGCUGAGGUCGGUGUAAUUUCCUGCUUCUUCUGGAAGGGGGGGGGGGGUGGAUCUAAUCUUCCCAUCUGA